AUGGGUGUGGAAAAAGAGUGUGAUGCCAAGGAAAAAUUCAAUCUCAAGUUUUUCAAUCUCAUUGUCACAGUUUUCAAGCUCUUUAACGUUUUGCUUGAGAGUUUCAUCUUUGGCCUUCGACAUCUCUUCGAUCUUCUUCUUGAGGGAAUGUUGCCACACUCGAGAAUCCCUACAACACAACCUGAAAUUCAGGCACAAAUGCGUUUUCUUAGGGAAUAUACUAUGCGUACAGUUAAAAAGAACUCUCUUGGGCUUCUUUCUCAUCAUGUUGCUGACACAAACAUCCCAUUUUCCUCAACGACAGAGUAG